CGGCACAUAAACAUACCACCCACAUUACGCGCCAUCUUCUAGCUAAUAACCGGUCGUAAAAAAGGGUUGCGUUAGACCUGACUGCAGUUUCUUUUUCUUUCAAAAUACUAUUUUUCAUUAGCUAUACUGAACAAUGAGUGACAUUGAGGACGGAAACUACGAAAGACGGGGGUCACGGUCCCCAUCUAAAUCGGAUCAUGGGAUUCCAACUCGGGCCAAGUCAGAGAGCAGGUCAGGCUCCCCGAGUCCAUCCCGGGCCUCCAAACGCUCUGAGUCCAGAUCCCACUCUCGGUCAAAAUCUAGGUCUCGUUCAAGGCGGCACUCAAACCGCCGCUAUAGCCGCUCUCGCUCUCGGUCCUAUUCCCACCGGAGGAAGUCCCGCUCUCGUUCUUACAGCCCUGAAUACCGCCGCCGGAGGAGCCAGAGUACUUCCCCUAUGUCAAACCGGCGCCGUCACACUGGCAGCAGGAGCCAUGACUUCACAAAAGAAGCAUACAGUCAUGGGGGUGAUGCUGAUGUUAGGGCGAACCCUGAUCCGAGCACAUGCUUGGGGGUAUUUGGCUUGAGCCUGUACACGACAGAGCGUGACCUGAGGGAGGUGUUUUCCCGCUAUGGUCCUCUGGCUGGGGUCAACGUGGUGUACGAUCAGCGCACGGGUCGCUCCCGUGGCUUUGCCUUUGUUUACUUUGAGAGGCUUGAGGAUUCCAAAGAGGCAAUGGAGCGAGCCAAUGGCAUGGAGCUGGACGGGAGGCGCAUCAGAGUGGAUUACUCCAUCACCAAACGUCCCCAUACCCCCACACCAGGAAUCUACAUGGGCCGACCAACUCACAAUGGUGGAGGUGGUGGCAGCAGCAGCAGGAGAGGGCGCGACUCCUACUAUGACCGCGGCUGUGAGCGCUAUGACAGAUACGACGAAUAUGAAUACAGAUAUAGUCGCAGGCGCUCUCCAUCACCCUACUACAGUCGAUACAGGUCUCGCUCACGGUCUCGCUCCUACAGCCCACGACGAUAUUAAGUUUCUUCUUUCAGUACUCAGCUUCCCUCCAACAGUUGAUGGUGUGUGAUUCAUCAAGGGGUUUCAGAGGGGAACGUUUUGAAUAAGCAUGUCUAUAUGAAUAGAACUGUUAAGUUUGAGGUAGUUCUUGUUUACAUGCAAUAGAUGUCUUAAUUUUUAGACAUUUUGAUGCAUCGAUGUUGAGUGUGAGCAAAGAGCUCAGCGACUUUUGCUUAAUCUGGCUUCAUUCAUCGACUUGCGUCCUUCCUCCUCGCUUCAUUUUCUACAGCGCGGAUUCCCUUGUUUUUGUUAAUUGGGAGUUUAUCAGAUUUAUCUCACUGAUCUCUGUUAACAUUGUCUUCAUGAUGGGGAAAGAAAGAUUUCUAAAAAUACUGGUGACACUUGAUUUUACAGCCUGUAUUAAGUAGUUCUAAGAAUACACUCUGUGUGUACAAUGAAAAAUAACGGAUGUAUCCUAAUUUUACUUGGCGUUAAUUGAGUUUGCUGGUAAGUAGCAGGUAACUGUGGCUGUAAAAUUAAUUGUGACCAACAACCAGUAGUUGGGUCUCUGCUCACAUUCAGUCACUUUUUUGGACAAGGGAAGUCAUUGUUUGAGUUUUCAGAGUUUUAAUAUCAUGUAUCACAUUUUUUAUUGUUGUUUCUUUGUAUGGAAAUACAAAUAUAUGAAAAACUUUA